UCAAAAUAAAUUAUCAGUCGUCAAUUGUCAUUAGACAGUGAAAGUUACCUUAGAAACUAAAAGAAACAAUUUUAACAAAAGUUCAAAAAAAAAAAUGGAACCAAUUUAUUCAAGAACUGUGCCACCAUGCAACUAUAUCCGCACUUCGGAUUUUAGUCUACGUGACUUGAGUAUUUUUGUUGAUUCAAUGGAAACAAUCGCCAGAAUCGAACGUGAACGCCUAGAACGUCGUCAACGUCGAAGAAAUAAUAAAAUUAACAAAGUUAAGUCAACAUUAGUCGAAGUCCAUCCAACUCCAACAAGGACCUUGAUGAAUCUUGUUGAAAACCGUGAAGACAGCAGCGAAGAAGAACACAUCACAAAGAAGCCAGUUAAUGCCAAACAAUUACGUAUGAAACUUUUUGGCAACAUGGACAAAAACACUUUGACAGUUGUUGCAUCAAGUUCGGAUGAAAAUUACUUUAGUGGAGCCAGUGAAGAGUAUUCGGAAGAAAACAACGAUCAAUAUUCUAUGGAAACAACAACUAACGAUGGAAUUGCCACUUUACCACCGUCAGAUAGCGGAACCGAAUCGGAAAGUUGUAGUGCUUUUAAAUUACGUCCAAGGUCCUUUGCUAUGACAACACCAAAAUAUCGUACAACACGAGCUCGUAUUAUUGGGUUAGUCCUUAAGAGAGAGUAUGCCAAUGGCGGUGGUGAUGAAUUUGAACAACAAGAACGACGUGAAAGAGUUCUCGAGGGAUUGUUGCGUGAAAAGAAAAAGAACAAGAAUUCGAAAUGUGAAAGUUUACGUUUGCCGUCAUCGACAAAGUUGACGACGACCAUGACGACAACGACAAAGGAACCCAUUAUGAAAACGCCAACACUAGUAACAUCGAGUAAGAGUCAAAAACAGCCAUCGGCAGAGAUGAGAUUUAUUGACAAAGCAUUGCGUUAUUUGACUUUGUAAAUUCAAUUUACAUUCUAUAACCCAACCACAAGUUAGUGGAAGUGGAGAGGAUAUGAGAAAACGAAAAACCAAUUUUGAUGUGAAGAAGAAGUUAUUAUUCGUGGAAAUUUACCCAAAAACCCAACCAGAAGCAGCGUUCCAGUUCAAUUUGUAGAGUCUAAGAAAAUUUUGUAG